UAUUGUUUUGAAAGAAAAGGAACAGAGAGGUGUCAGUAAUUAGUACAUGUAGGACACAACAACAGAUUGAGACGAAGUCGGCCUGUAGUUGAAAUGCUUCAGGCUUCUCAUAUGAAAAAUUACUAUAUAUAUAAGACAAGUAUUCCACCAGCAGUAAUGAUAUCGCCUAUCGAACGACUCUUUCUGAAUUUGCCAUCUGUGGUUAUCAUAUGAGAAAGAGUAAACGUAGUGACAUCACAUGGAAAUAGCCAUGGUCUUCAUUAUAUUUAAUGGUCUACACGCGUUCAGGCACUCCACACCCAUAUGCGCAGACCCAAAGAUACCAUCAUCCGAUGGUCACUUUAUGAGUGGUAAUAACGCACAAACGUGCUUUGAGCGAGAGUUCGGCGGUACUGCAAGAUGAAUUUAAACCAUUGUGGACUAGUCCGGAUGUUGGUAUGUCGGCAGAAUCACAGUGCAACGAGAUUGAGCGGAUUCUCGCUGAGGACACUGCAUCAUCUCAUUUUGGAACGUCUUUUCUUGAUUCGCCAUCACCGUGCGGUCAGUGGACCAGAGACGAGGAAGAUGCUCUCGCGCGUUUGCUGCGAGAAAACGGUAAACAGUGGAACAAUAUUGCAAAACGGCUGAAUCGGACCGCGAUUGAGGUUAAAGCGCACGCCAGAAAAUUGUUACUCACGGAGUCAUUCACGUCUCCGAAGCCUGAUAAAGAGCGGCCGAAUGAACAGAAAAAUCGAUUAAAAUUGACGUCAGCAAAGCGUCCACCGCCUGCUAAGUCAGUGCAAGGACAUGGUGCUAUUACAAGGAGCGGUUUUGUGCGGCUGGAUUCCAGGGGGCGAAGAUUACGUCGUGGAAAUGCUGUGACAGCUCUAUCUUUCGACGACGAGGAGCCAUCUUCGAGCAAACGACCUAUGAAGAAAGCUCUUGUUGAUGCUGGUGAACUUGUGACUAUAACGAAGGACUCUGAAGCGUCGGAUGAAGAAAUUCGGGUUUGUGACGAUGUAAGCGAGGCCUUUGGAAACUCUGGCCAAUCAGAAACGUCAACUAGUUCGAGUGCCAGUUGCUCAAACAAACCAGUGGAACGUCUAAUUGCCGUGAACGUCGAGUCAUUCAAGAAGAAAUCGACUUUGUCCGACCCUAUUCAAGCUGUAGCGUGCUCUAGCACGCAGGAUAAUCACUCGUCUAAUUCUGCCCCAAUUAGUGAGCUUCGACUGGACCCCUACCGAGUUCUGCCUUUCGAGGAGGAAGCGAACGCAGAGUACUUUAGAGGCAAAAGUGGCCAAAAAACACCAGAGCGCUAUUUGCGAAUACGGAAUCACAUCAUUGGACUCUGGCUUAAACAACAACCUAGGUACCUUAACAAGACUUCCUCGCGGAUGGGAUUGAAGAACUGUGGGGAUGUCAAUUGUAUUGGCCUUAUUCAUGACUACCUCGAAAGGAUCGGAGCUAUCAAUUUCGGCUGCCCUCAAACAAACGCCAAAAAGGACCGUACCGCACCCGAUUCAACUUCACUAAAAAAAGUCUCCCGACCGCGAAGAAAGAUUAAUACUCACCAGUCUUUUGUAAGUCAAACUGAUAUCGAACGCGGGGGCUGUACCAUGGAACACGACAGCGUCACCGGUAAAGUGAUUGCCACAACCCUAGUUAAGCCGUAUGAAAAUGCCGUUAACGAAAAGCCUGCAUCUGUGCGGCACUCUCAAGCAACGAACCCCUUCAAGCUAAUUCACUGCCUUAAAUAUGAUGCGGAUUGCCAACCACUCAACGUCGAAUUAUGCGCGUCUGCGCUGCUCGUAGCGGAAAGCCACUCACACCAAAGCUUGUCCGAAGUAAUUGGUCUGCUCGGGGGAAUCGCUGAGGAGAAUCUCGUUCGAGUUAUGGCCGCUGUUCCAACUCGGACCACCAGAGCGAAUGGAACGGAAUGCGAAAUGGAUCCCGUGAGUCAAUACGAGGCUGCAGAGACAUUCCGCGGGUGGGGAUUGGACGUCGUUGGCUGGUAUCAUUCGCAUCCGACAUUCGCUCCGCAACCUUCAAUGAGGGAUUUGACGUUACAAGUCGACUUGCAGAAUAUGUUUAAUGGAAAUGCCGGACAGCCUUUUGUUGCACUCAUUUUUAGCCCGUAUUACCAGGCUGGCAAGAUGGUGAAUCGCCUACACACUAAAAUGACCUGUUUCGUCGUUGAAAAACACCGUCAGACUGCGGAAUAUUGUCCGUUCUCACUGAAACCGAAAGUAAUCCGUGGAGAUGAUGGCGGGCUAGGACCCUCGCUUGAAGCUGUGUUUGAAAUGAUUCGUGAUUUAAGGGGCAACGCUCAAGGAGAAUUAGUUCCUUUUCAAGAGAGCUUUAACAGUGAAUGGACAAAUCUUGACAAGAUGAUGGCCACCCUUCAGCUGUGUCUUCUCAAAGCUAAAUAUAGUGAAAGCGAGACAACUGCUAUACUCAGCAGAAUCCAUGCGAUGUUUGCAGCUGCCUGAAAUUGUCUGUUGACAUCCUCAAUCCACUAGCUCGAUGCGCUUUUGUGUCGAAGAGAUAAAAGCAACAAAGUUGUCAUUGUAAAAUAUGGUAUUUCGACCCAGCCACCAAGGCUAAUGAUGUAAAAAAUUUUUACCCGAAUGACAGGAAGAACAAAAAGCAUAUUGGUGAAUACUAAUGAACCUUUGCGAUAUACAAAGAUUCAUUUAUACACCUAUAUAUACGAACAUCAUAUUUUUAUCUAUAUUUAUACAACAUCUCUCGCUGUGCAUAACAUACGCGGAAGUAGUAUUCUUCAGGGGCAAACGCAUUGUUGUUAUACGUGGUGAUUAAUGAUAUCGUUAGGUUUUUAUUGAAUAAAAAAAUUCGUGAGUAUUUUGUUAGUUUAAAAAUGUCUGAAAUGUUAUAUCCAGUAAAUAUUUUGUUUAUGCAAAUCACUAUCUUAUUAAACGACGCUGUUUAUAAAUUUUUUAAAGAUCUAAGGCAAUUUUCUUUGGAAAUGUCAAUAAUACGUAUAGUUAUUUUGCCUAGCGGGAUCCCUUAAUUUCUCUCAGAAACCUCUUAGGAUAGGAAUAAGCCUAAACUUUGCAUCAUGUUCCGGAGUUCUCGGGCCCCUUGCAAAAGGUCCUUUGCCAAACCUUAAACUGCCUUGGUACGGUUUAAGGUUUGAAUAAAUCACUCUACUGGAAAUGGGCUGUUUUACGCAUGUGUUGUCUGGCUGGACGCUAAUAUAGUUUAACAUUUCAGGUCUAGUAGCGAUUAAUAAAGUAUGUAUAAUGACUUGAUUAACUCUCCUAUCAAAGCCGGUAAGUUAUAAUGAACUAAUUAUACAUAAAGUAAUGAAAUCUCAGAUAAAACGAGAAGCCAUGUUUUCUCAUAAAACAUCUUGUUUUCUAAUCUUUAUAUUAAAAAACGAAAUUGUAAUAUGAUUGUAUACAAAUAAUAUACAACAAUGUAAAAACCUAUUUUCAAUCAUUCAAUAUGACUGAAAAAAGAUCACUUAGUAGCUCUGAUCUUUUUUCUGUCUUACCCAGGGUGUAAUACCUGUGAGAGUUUGAACACAAUUGAUAAAAAAGAAUCGCUAUUAGUGAGCAAUUAUUUAUCUAAAGAUAAAAUAUUGAAUUGAAUAUUACAUCUAGAAAUAGCACAGACGUCACGUUUACAAAUAGACAUCUGCAAUGCGCACACAAGUAAGC